AACCUUAAAUUUUCACGUAUUCUCGCACAUAAGACAUUCCUCUUUUGCAAGAAAAUGAAGUCCAUAGCUUUUAUUUUCCUCACUGCCCUCGUGGCUCUUUUCGUCGUUUCACUUGUAAUUGCGAAUGAUGCAGACGCUCAGAACGAAAUAAACAUAAGAAAUGUUGCUGGAGAAAAGACAUCGUAUGGCAGCGAAUAUGAUGCCAAAUAUAGCGGCGGUAAUGGAUGGGGUGGUCAGGGCGGGUGGGGUGGUCAAGGUGGUGGAUGGGGUGGUCAGGGCGGGUGGGGUGGUCAAGGUGGUGGAUGGGGCGGUCGUGGAGGCGGUGGUUGGGGUGGUCGUGGAGGCGGUGGAUGGGGUGGCGGCCAGUGCUAUUGGGGUUGUUGCGGAGGUUAUUAUUACGGUCGUUGUCGCAAUUGUUGUCGUUCUACUCAAGAAGCGCUGGCUUAUCAACAAAAUGUCGUUAAUCCAUAAUCGUAGUAUGAAUAGUAAAAUGUUUGUAUUAUAGCUCGAUAUAUAGAAAAAUAAAUACGAGUGUUUGCUGAAAUAAGAUAUUAAGCUUAUCUGGAGCUUAAUAUUUUAGAUAGUUAUUUGCUGUAAUAUGAAUAUGAAUACGUACGUUUUGUUUUUUAGUUAUGAAAAUUAUGUUAAGAUAAA